AGCGCUUGAGCUUCGCCUCCAAACACGCGUCCAGUGCGGAGUUCGGUGGUUCCGCUGUUAAAAGUUCUUUAGUGGAGUGUACAUUACAUUUAAUUUUUAAUUAGUAUUAUUAAGAUCAGAUGCAUCUUUAAUUUAUUCUAAAUGUACCCCUAGUUAGGCUAGACGAAACAAGAGGUUAUUCGUGAAUGGAUUAAUUGUAGACUCAGGGCGAGCGCGACUUUGUUGUUUUGUUUGUUUGUUUGUCUCAGUUUUUCAAACAUCAUGGGCACUAGAUCGGAGCGCGAUUUCCGUCGACCUUCUCCAGAAGACAUCGAGGGCUGGAUGCAGAAGGCGUUCGACAUGGCCCGAGCGGCUCUAGACAGCGGCGAAGUGCCCGUUGGAUGUCUCAUGGUCCACAGCAACCAGCUCGUGGGCAAAGGCGGCAACGAAGUGAACGAAACGAAAAAUGCCACGCGGCACGCUGAGAUGGUGGCGCUGGACCAGGUGCUGGAGUGGUGCCGGCUGGAGGGCAGGGACCACAGCGAGGUGCUGCCACAGACGGUACUCUACGUGACGGUGGAGCCGUGCAUCAUGUGCGCAGCUGCCUUGCGGCUCUUCCAUAUCCCACUAGUGGUGUUUGGCUGUAAGAACGAGCGCUUCGGCGGCUGUGGGUCGGUGCUUGACAUCCCCGGGGAUGAUCUUCCUAACACGGGAACAGCAUUUGAGUGCAUCUCUGGCUUCCGAGCUGAAGAAGCGGUGGAGAUGCUGAAGACGUUCUACAAGCAGGAGAACCCCAACGCUCCGAAGCCCAGAGUCAGAAAGGACUGAGGACCAUGGUGGCGCACGGCGUCCUGCCAGUAGGGGGCACCAGUCCCUAGCCAGCAGAAUGGGUCCACGCAGGGGCGAGCGUGUGGAAGAUGGGAGAGUGCUGCUCAGGAGCGAGCCGGAGGACGGUUUUAUUCGACACUCUCACAUGCUGGUGUCCGACUGAGAACGUUUUUGCCGCUCCUUUGUGUUUUUUAUAUUUUUGGUAUCUGAAAAAGAGAAAUUUUUUACUAACUGCCGGAGAAAGGGUGUUACGUAACUUAAUUUUCCGUGUAUUUUACGAGAGGUUUAUUUGUGGAUCACUGCGUUGAUUUUGAGCUCCUGAUGUGUGUGUGUGUGUGUGUGUGUGUGUGUGUGUGUGCGUGUGCGUGCGUGUGCGUGCACGCUGCUGGAAGGGCUGUAGCCAGCUCAUUCCAUAUGAGUUGCUCUUUUUGGUUCCAGCCUCUGCUGCGCUCAGGGUUUGACUCUGUGGCCCACGAAGGCCAGCAGGGGGUGCCACCACUGGGGCCUCUCAGCGAGGAUAUGGUGUUGUGGCUCAGCGGGAGGGGCCCGGCCAUUUUACUGUGGAGAGGAGAUUUGUUUAAGCUAUGCAAAUUUCCUUGAACAAAAAAAAAAAAAUGGAAAAACCACAGCAGGGCCCUUUCC